AUGGGACUCAACUUCGUACAGUGCAACCUCAACCAUUGUCGCGUGGCACAAGACCUCGUCACGCAGUAUAUGGUUGAAGAGAAAGUCGACGUCGCCCUGAUCAGCGACCCUUACAAGGCGGAUCCAAACUCCAGUGCCUGGCACGCGAGCGCCGGACAACGGAAGGCAGCCAUCUAUGUCGCGAACACGGGAGUAACAGUGGCUAACGUCAUCAGCGACCCUGAGUUUGUGUCAGCUCGACUAAACGGCGUCCAGGUGUACAGCUGCUACGCGUCGCCCAACAAGCCCAUCGAAGACUUCCAGGACCUGCUCCGCCGUCUCAAGGACAGCAUCAGGACCGUUCAACAGGAAGUCCCCGUCCUCGUCACCGGGGAUCUCAACGCGAGAUCUGCUGCGUGGGGCGACUGGGUCGACAACAGAAAAGGAGAAGAACUGGAGCUGCUGAUCGAGUCCCUCGGUCUGGUCAUCGCGAACUCGGGCUCAACUCCGACCUUCUCGAGAGGCGCCGGAUCCAUCGUCGACGUCACCCUGUCCUGCGACUCCUUGGCAGCUCACAUCACAGACUGGAGAGUACUGGAGUUGGUGUUCAAUAACAGCGACCACCAUCACAUCACAUCACAUCAGGUUCUCCCUGACUCCUGGACGCGACCAAGACAGAGCCACUCCCGCGACCACCGUCGCCCCACGCGUCUGGAACACCGCGGGCGAUGUCGCCAACGACACCUUCCUCGCUGGACUGUUCCUGGCCGAGUGGCUCGAACAUGA